CAACCAAAUCUAGGUAUCGAACCAACAACUAGAUUCAAUCCUGUUCAACAUAGCAUGUCAGAAAAACAACUUCAUUGGUUGUCAAUCAAUGACGUAGUACCAUGCGAAGAAUAUGCGGAAUACGAUAAAUAUUCUUCUAAAUUUAGAAAUUAUUUUCAGUUAUCAAAAUUACAAGAUGAUGUCGAUGUAGUUCUUUUAACUAAAUACUUUUCAAAAAUCUCGUUGGAUAAGAUUAAACUUGAAGAUAUGUCUUUAAAGGUUUUACGAUGCUUUUUAUCUCAAACUUUUAAUAUAAAUGAACCAAUUCUUACAAAUGAAUAUAAUAUUUUACGUUUCACUAUAUUGAAAUUAGUUCAUGAAAUUAAUCAAAGUUUAGUUUCAUCAUUUGAAAGAAUGAUACCAUCAGAAGAUAGAAUUGGAGAUGAUGAUGAUAAAAGGAAUCAUGAUAAAGUAUAUUUAAAAGCUUUGGAAAUUCUUCCCGACGUUGCAGAAAAUUAA